UCUAAACUGUAUGCAAUCAAUGUGUCUUUGAUUGCGUCAUAGAUACUUGAAGGGGAAGUAUUUUGUUAUUUUUUUGUUUUUUGUAAAUAAACGUUUUAGGAUGUAUUUGAACUCGAAAUUAAAUGUACUGAAUAUGAAAUCUAGAGCACUGUUGUAAAUGACCAGUUUGUAAGGGCUUGUUUUACUGUACAUCUAGUAACUAUGAAAAUGAAGUCUUUUUGUAAUAUUUGCUGUACAUGGAAUUGUGUUGCUAUCUGAUUCGUCCACGUCAAAAGCAUAUCUACAUAAUACAUUGUACUUUUUCGUAGUUAUUUUUUGAUUGUCACAUCCGAAAAUGGAUAUCCAAGGAAGAUACAAUGUUCGGAGUCCUGCAGUUAAAAGGUUAAUGCGAGAAGCGUGUGAAUUGAAGGAUUCCACGGAAGAAUACUGGGCACGCCCACUAGAUGACAACUUGUUCGAAUGGCAUUUUACUGUGCGUGGACCGCCGGCUACCGACUUUGAAGGUGGAGUGUAUCAUGGAAGGAUAAUACUACCAACGGAGUAUCCCAUGAAACCUCCAAAUAUAAUACUGUUAACACCAAAUGGAAGAUUUGAAGUAAACAAAAAGAUUUGUUUAAGCAUAUCUGGCCAUCAUCCAGAAACAUGGCAACCCUCGUGGUCCAUACGUACUGCUCUUCUUGCACUGAUAGCAUUUAUGCCAACUCCUGGAAGUGGUACAAUUGGAUCUUUAGACUACACACCAGAAGAAAGGAGAAAACUAGCCCGUAGGUCACAGCAGUGGGAGUGCCAGAACUGUGGAAAGAUUUGUGAGCACUUGUCAAAUUCAACAUGCUUACCACCAACAAAAGAAGAAUCAAACCUUAUAAAGCAAAUAGCUCUGAAGGGAGAGGAACCAUCCGAGAGUGCAGAUGGUACUUUGCGACAGCGCCGAGCAGAUGUUGUGACAGCAGAACUAGUCCAGCAAGGUAUUCCAGCUGAACAAAUGGCUGGUUCUGACAGGAGUUCAGCUGCCAGUAGUGAUUCUCGAGGAAUGACUGUUCUUGUUUGGUUUCUGCUUGUAGCUAUUGCAUUUCUUAUUGUGCGGAGGGUGUUCCUCCUUUAAUUUACUUCUGCUUGUUUACAGCUUUCUGUAAAGAGAGAUUUAUUAAAAAUAUUGCAUUUAUUAAAGAUGAGAAUAUAUUUUGUUUUUAGUGGUGGAGAGAUUUAGAUUAUUGAUUAGGGAAUUUUCUGUUUUGCUACAAAUGUAAUAUAUUUCUGUAUAUUGAGCCCAGAUUGUACUAAAGACAAAUAUGUUAUAUUUUGUAUGAUAAACUUGUGUAUGAAAUGAAACAACUCGAGGAAGUCUAGAAGCAAAAGGUCUAUUAAAAACCAUGCCCAUUAUCUCAGUGAUGUUAUAGUCUGAGCUUCUUCUGUUGCUCUAAUGUACAGAGCUCUAGAGAUGUCUAUCAUGCUUUCAUAAUCCUUUAAUAGCUGGAAUACACUCUUCUUGUAUGAUGUAAUAAAUGUUUUCAUAUUUGAUUUAGGAAAGUAAGAAAUCCUUCCUAGUCACUUUGUGUUGCUGUAAAACUGUAAAUAAAGUUAUUAUAGAAUUUCAAAAAAUGAGUAUGAAUAGAUGGGACAGACCUGUUAACAAUGGCUGGAAAUUUCAUUUUCUGUAAUGAUAUUAUACUAAACUCCUUGAUACCUUCCAUUAACAAUGCCAGAUGUGGUUGAUUUUGUGUUGUUGCAGAAGGUAGAUACGACACAGUAAUGUCAUCACUGCCACUUCCCUGAAAACCCAAGAGUAUUUCAUCAGCAACUGAUUCCUGGAAAGUCUGUAUGUCUGAUCAGUAUUUUAACUUUGACUUAGUCAUUCAGUGGCUGUGAUGACACCAUAGCUUGUAAGAAAGGAGGAUGGUAUGUGGCAUUUGAAACUGUGGGAAAAAGUCUGUAGAUAGGUCCCAUUGUUAACUUCCAUUUUAUGCUAUCCCAUUAAUUAUCUUGCUCAUGCUCUAGAGGCCUAGGAGUGCAACCAUUUAACGAAUUACGUAGUAAACUGACUUGCCCUGUGUCUCACUUUAGCUGUGCUCUGAAUGAAUAAAGUUGUAGUUGAGUAUUUCAUUUUCA